GUUUUUGGAACGACAGACCAUGGUUGUGAAAAGGGGGAACUGGAGAUUAACAGCACCCCUCCUUCAUCCUCUUUUUCAAGGGCCAGUGUCGGUGUUAUCCUGGUUUUAGAGUAUUCUCAGAGUGGGGUGUGCUCUGGGGCAGAUGGUAGUAGUCAGUGUGCAGACAGGAGGAGCUCUGGAACCGUCAUGGGGUGCUGCAGUGUGACCCAGAGGCACAGCGGAGUGGAUGAGGUGGGACCAGACGAGAUUGAGCUGCUGGAGCUACCUGUGGACAACCUGGGAGUGUGGAGUUUAGGGGACAGCCGCCUCCAGCUGAAGUCCAGCAGAGAUGAGCCCCCUGUGUCCCCUCCUACCCGGCCCCCACCCCGAUAUCCUUCUGUCCCACAGCUGCCACAGGAGGAGGUGCUGUGGGGCCUCAGCAGAGAGGAGCUGCACCACAGGAUCCUCUUCGGUCAACCAAUCGGUGGCUGGGAGGGCCAGCCUGCACACCAGUAUGGAGACAUCCUCCACUCCUCGCUGCUGUCUCUGUACAACAAAUACACUCAGGAAGCCUCAGAGUGCUGUGUGGUUCUGUUUUCUUACCACCUGCUGCUGCUGUCAGUGGACCACUCAACACAUGACUUUGUUUACCAGGGCAUCCUUCCUGUGUCAGGCAUGUCUUUCACCCCUGUGUGCCAGGACUCCUCUCUACCUCCUCACACGUUUGAGCUCAGCUGCCCUGUUGUAGAACCCAAAGUGUUUGUCUGUGCCACUGCUGCAGAACUGCACACAUGGAAACAGCUGAUUGAGGAGAGAAGGCACAAGUCACUAACACUGUCCCCAAGCCCUGCCCACUGCGUACUCUCAUAUCUGUUACCUUGUGAUGAGCAGUGGAAGAGGGAAGAAGUGAAAAAGUACCUUCUCCAUGCUCCAGUCUGGCAGUGGGAGGGCCCCCCCAUCCAGCACAUGGGACAGCCCACGUACCUCUCUGUAGUCCACAUCUUUAACUCACAUAGACAGGGUCUUCAGGAAAGUCUCAUGGUCCUAUUUCCUCAAGAAGUGCUUCUGCUCUCACUGGACAACCAGAGGACGUCCCUUCGAUACGAGGGGCGACUGGCCCGACGCAGCAUCAGAGCAGUGGAGCGCUCUGCCCAGCCCGGGCGAUUACAAUUUGAACUCACAGGUGAACUUGUGGAACCCCUGCAGGUGUCCUGUACCUGUCUGCAGGACUAUCAGACCUGGAUGUUCCACCUUCAGCAGCCUGACAGAAGCAGCUACAUCAGCAUAAAGCCUGCUCCUCCACCAAUUAAACCCAAGCAACACCGGAGCCGCACUGAGUCCCAGGAACCAAUCAUAUCAGAGCACUGCCACCUGAACGGGCACAGUUGAGCCAGUCACUGUUCACUGACUCUAUAUUUAUGUGUAGAUAGUGUGCAUAUAU